CUGAUCACAGCAGGCAUGGGGGGACCUCAGGCACACACUGGGUUGCUCUCCACCUCAGCAGCACAGCCUGUCAGCUCCUCUAAGGCAGCAGGACAGUCGUGAGGUGCUCAGGAGUCCUUGAUCAAAGCAUGCCGUCAUCCCCUUCUACCACAGGGCAAUCAUGGAGGUGUCAGAGGACACCAAUGAGCCACUCACUUCCGACAAGGCAGUGGGAACCAGAUCAUCACCAGAGAUCUCUCUGUCCUCUCGGAGUGACAGCUCCCUCACUUCCACUGAGGCAGCAGAAAAGUGCCGCUCUUCGAGGGCAUCUCUUGAUCUGAGGAGGAACAUGUCCCACACUUCCAACAUGGCAGUGGAAGCCAGCAGCGCCUCAGAGGUCUCCCUGUCCUCUAGGAGCUAUCAAUCCCUCACUCCCUCUGAGGCAGUGGGAGCUGGGUGCUCUUCAGGGGCCUCUCUGUCCUCCUGGAGCGACAACUCCCUUGCUGCCGUUGCAGCAACAGCACCUGACUGCUCUUGGACAGCCCCUCUGCCCCCGCCCAGGGAAAGCUCCGGCACUUCUCUCAAAGCAGAUGAAGGCAGCUGCAUUUCACAGCUGAGCCUCAGCACUCCUCUGCAUGGAGCAGAUUUGGGUCAUGCUGCCAUGCCUCAGUCGGACCUCACGCUUUCCGAAGCACUUGAGCCCCAAAACGUCCAGGAGACCUCGGACUGUGUCAUCCCCAAAGGGAAACCAGAGGAGGAAGCGGGCCUGCCAAGACAUGGACAAGAGACUGUGCAGGAAAGCUCGGCUCCUCAGGUGCGUCAGCGACCAUCAGAGCCCCAUGUGGAGGUGGUGUCCAGGGUGCGGAAGCCGCUGAAGCUGGAUGAGGCCGUGAAAAGGCAGCUGGAGCGGCACAUGGUAAAAAUGCAGAUACAGCGGUGCUUCGGGCUACCCAAGAAGGUUCUGGCCUCCUACAAGAAGCUCUCAGAGACCACCCAGGAGCUACAAGACUACCAUCCUCCUCCACACAGGCACACUGUGCUGCCCUACCGCUCACCCUUCCAGCACUGGGACAGGCACGCUCGCACCAGGAAGAGGGCAGUGCAGCCCCCUGGCCCGCAGCAAGAGUCCACAGCCCCUGUGGAAACACGCACAUGAGGAACACAGAUGCCUGCCCACUCUCUGUCAGCAGCUUUUGUGAUUGUGGCAGAAGAGGUGCCUCGUGAAGAUCUGGAGACACCCCAGCUGAAAAGGACACGUAGGGGAACAGCUGCAAGCAGCAGCUCAGCCAGAAAGAAGACCCAGCCUGGCAGCUGCAGAAAGGAGCAGGGCCCUGUGACACAAGGGGGUGAUCCCGGUCCCUCCUUUUCCAUCCAGGAAGAGCAGACAGUGUCACAGAGUGAGGGAGCUCCUCAGGAGAAGGCAGGACAGGAGGAUGAGACCACCACCGUGCCCAGCGGGGGCAACAUGGGGGUCCUGUCACAAGGAGCUGUCACAAGGCAGGACAACUCCUUCUGGAAAUGUAUGUACACAAACAGAAGACUCUUGGAGUAAGGACACUCCUGUAGCUGUGCCACCAGCUCCAAACCCUGCAGGGACCAACUCGGAAGAGAUGCCCAGCUUGGAUGAGACACUCAAAGCUCUUAUAGACUCUUACAGGACCAGCACAAUGACUGAAAACCAGCAGAACCAGCUGCUGGCUUCCUGGUUGGAGCAGUCCCAGGACAAUGUGGGGCACUCAAGUUCAGAGCCAGCAGCACAGCAUCCCAUUACCACACUGUGCGGAGCACAGACAGCAAUGCAGAACGGUAGGGGACCCAGGCAGAACGGAGUCAGGCCCAGGAGGCUCUGCCCCAAGUGCAGCAAAGCCGCACGGCACAGGGCACAUGGCAGUGAAGGCACCCGGACUUCAGCUCCAGGCACAGGAGGAGAUGAGGCAGUGGGAGAGAAGCAUCUAUCUGGGGAAGGGGCCACAAGGGAGCAAGGCCAGAAUCAGACUGCUGAUGCUGCCCGGCAGCCAAAGGGGGUCCAUGUCUACAAAUACAUGGUAUGGAUCACUAGAGUGGAGCAGAGGACGCUUCUGUUUGAGCAGGCCCCUACCAGGACCCCACCAUCACAAGCACAGCGGCUGCCCAAACGUGAAUCAGCCACAGACAGGAGCCCAGUGCCAGAGAAACCAUCUCUGCCAAGCUGCUCCUACGUUUGUCUCAUCCCCAUCCUCCUUUGCCUACAGAGGGCAUGGGUCAAGCUCCUGGGUGCCGGCAAAGCCCUAUAUUCCAAAAUCAGGAAGAAGUGAAGUGAGGAGUCCCAAGGAAGAAGACCAACCGUGGACAGCCAAGCCUUGCCUUGGGAUAAGGACAUAACUCACAACUCCUGGGGAAAGGCUGCAACCAUCUCAGGAGGCAGUAGGGAAGGACUUUGUGGUAUUUGGGGCUGAGACUUUCUCAACAGGAGCAACAGGCAACAUCAAGACUUGGUGUCGGACACCCAUGGAGACAGCAAGGGACUGAAUCAGAGUGGGAGGAGCCCCGGGCACGUGGGGAUGCCAGCUCAAGUUGAUCAUGGGGCAGCACCACCCAGUCAGGGACAUGGACCCAGCGAGCAGCAGAUCCCUGCCAGGACCACCAAGGAACAGGAGCUCUCCCAGUAAAAAAUUAAAUAAACAAAUACCUCUUAAAAUGUGUUCAUGGAUAUCUCAUCCUUCCUGCAGAGGAGCACAAUUGCCUGCUCACUGCUUGCAUCUCCCAGCAGGGGCACGGUGGGCAGCUCUGCUGGUGCCUUAUGGGGGAGAGGAGACAACUAGGUUGGCCCUCCAGGUGCCUGAGAGCAAGCAAGCCACACGAGGCUUUUAGAGGCAGCAAGGACUGUCCAGCUUUCUGGAGGUCUUUGCAUACUACAGCUAAGUUUUAGGUGUGGGAACAGAGUGGGCCCUUUAGAACAAGUGGCAGAGACAAAUGAGGGUGGGAGUCAGCCAUGGGACAGAGACAGCCACGCCUGUUCUUUUGCUUGUGGGCAGUGACCCUUGGAAUAACAGACAGAUGCAUCUGCGGGCACCACCUCUCCUUCUUGCUCUGGGACGGGAUGUAUCUAUCUCCCCCAGAACCCCUGCCUCUCCCUUUCAAGGGCAGUAAGGAUUGUGCCAAAGUGGUGACCUGAGGG